AUGGCUCAAAAGAUUGACCGUAGGGGAUCCCCGCAACCAGGGGCCACUCCAGAGGCUUCUAAUGAUCAUUCAGAAGAUGAGGAGUUGUGUGAAAUGGUGGCGCUGUCCCCAGCGGGCCGUUGCGCCACCAUGUGCAUUUUUGGGUGUAUAUCCCUCAUGGGUUGCCGUUCUUCUGUAGUGCGCCGUCUGUCAUUUUAUCCUCCCUUUCCCGCGGGUUAUUCGCUGCAAGGAGAUCAGCUGUACAUACAGGAGGCUUUCCACGGGGCCUCUGGAGGCCGCGGCUUCCGUGCUGCAGGGACAGAACAGCUGGUGCAGCGGCCCCCACCCCGAGAGGGCCAAGAAAGCAUUCAGAAGCUCCUGCUUAGAAGUCGUCUGCCUGAACAGGUUAUCGUUUGCCGCAUUCCCAGGGGCAGGAAAAAGCAUCUCGCAGCAGUCCUGCUACUGACUGCACCAGCGCCAGAAGCAGCAGCAGCAGCAGCAGCAGCAGCAGCAGCAGGUGGAGGCAGCGCUAGCCAAGGGGACAACGACGCACAAAGUAUUGCACAGAGACUUAGCAGCAAACAACUCAUUAUCUUUUCGCAUGGAAACAGCACUGAUAUCGGACACAUGUGCCAAGUGAACGUCUUGGCCUAUGACUACUCGGGCUAUGGUUGGAGCGACGGGAAGGCGACGGAGGCUGCGCUCUACGCGGACAUUCGCCGUGUUGUUGCUUUCGCUGUCAACGAGCUCAAAGUGCCCCCCUACAAGAUCAUUCUAUAUGGACACAGCGUCGGUUCAGGGCCGAGCUGCGAUUUCGUCUCCAAGAGAAAACAGAAACCCUUGGGUGGCAUUAUCCUUCAUUCCUCGAUUGCUUCAGGUCUGCGUCUCUUCAUCAACAACAUUGACAAGGCUCCUUGGUUCGAUGCAUUUCAAAAUGCGGAGAAACUGAAGAAAGUUCACGACGUCCCGAUGCUCCUCAUCCACGGCCGCCUCGAUAGACAGGUGCCUUUUUCGCACUCGCUGAAGCUGGAGGCAUCCUGCCGGGAGGCAGACGCCCGCUUUGAGCAGCAGCAGCAGCAAGCUAGCCGCAGCCGGUGCUGGUUGGGGCCGUUCCUGCUGAGCCCCCGGUCAGAGCCUCCCGAAGAAAGAGCGGCAGAGCUGCAGAGGCAUCGUGUGCAGACGUGGUGGGUGCCGGACGCAGACCACAACGACGUCGAGCACAAGGCAGGGCCUGUCAGUGCUGUAAGAUUUAUCGCUUUUCGCAAAGGGUAUAGGGUUCACGGUAGAGAUUGGAAGGGUUGGUUAAGGGGUGAGGAGGCGCGGAAGGCUCAGGAGAGCGCUUAUGUCUAG